UGGGACUCUGAUGAAUUCAAAGCCAAAUCAGAGAUAGCAAAAAAGUGUAGGAUGUCUGAGCCUUUAGGUCCUGGAACCGGUCAAGUGAAGCACAAGGGAGGUUCGAGGUCUAUUCUUCAGUAUGCUGAAGACGUGGCUAAAAGGAAAGGUGUGGAGCCGACUGAAUGUUUCUACGAUGCUUAUGAGAUCCUUCAUAGGAACAAGGAUGGUACUUAUACAGACGAGAAGUCUAGACAGAUUGGAGAAAAGAUGCAGGAAUUAGUUGCUUCUCAGAGUCAGCCUGUGGAUGAUGAUUCUGAUCCACCAGAGAUCGAUAUGAACAAGGUGUAUGUGGAGGCUGUUGGUGGACUCGACAAGAAGAAGAGAAUGUUUGGAGUUGGUGGACUUGCAGCCAGCUAUAGGAGCAGUGAGCAGUCGAGUGGUACAUCUCAGUUCCAUGGCCAUACUGUCGAUCCACAACGACUUGUAGACAUGGAGCAGCAGUUGCAGGAUGCCUUAGCGGAGAUAGCACGUCAGAAGGAGGAGAUGAUGCAGAAAGAAGAGCAGACCGAUGCUCGAUUUGAGGCUCAGCAGCGUAUGUUCGAGGACGCUCAGCAGCGUAUGCUCGACCAGAUAUUGGCUAGGCUUCCACCUGGAUCUGCGGGACCCACUCCACCCACCGGACCUUCGUCUUGAUUAUGUUGUGUUUCUGUACUUUGAAUACUUGACUAUUUCUAUUAUGUUUCUUAACACUUGAAUAUUUUGUUAUGUUAUAACUAUAUGUGAAUGAUAUUUUAGUAUAUUAAUAUUUGAUUGAUUUUGUGUUUUU